AUGCUGUACAAUUUCCUAUCACAUAUCCAUCAAACCUUGCGCCUAUUCAAUCCUGUGGUCAGCGUCUUGUGCAAAAUAUUAGAUACUCUCAAGCUCAAAAUCAUGAUGGCAAGGCCGUUUCAUUUCAGCUCAAAUGUCACCAGCGUCAUCCAUAGUGUAUUCGAGUCCUUCUUGGAGAGAAACGCUGCUCCUACCCUAGAUGACAGUCGCCACGCUCCCUCAGCAGAGGAUCAGGAUAUUGUGAUCUCUACAAAUAGCCCCUCCACGUCAUCUGCUGCUGGCUACAAGACCCCUCCUGUCUUUCACACUCCAAGUCCUUCUCCCUCACUCCCAUCUUCUUACCCCUCUAAUAUUAACGACUCACGCAUUUCAUCUGGUGAAAAGCCUCCCACUAAGAUGUAUCCUAUCGCCGAUGUCGAUGACACGGCAGGGUUUAUGGCCGCUGCUAGGGCUUUGAAGCUUGACCCAAACGCGUAUAGGAAGGCAUCCUCUGUUGUUGACGUGUCUGAAGACGCGUCCAGUGAACAUGGCAGCCUCUCCAAGUCCCAUGAUGACGCCGCCAAGGAUCCUACAUCUACUGAUGAUUUUGUGCUCACCUCUACCCCCAAAGAGCCAAACACUCCUGCUGAGUUUCAGGUUAAGAGCGAUGCCGAUUUUGCUGGUCCAGGAAAUGACAGCACGCUCACCAGCUUUGUUGAACAGCCUGUGCCUCUCGGGGUCGCUGAGCAGUCCAGCACACCCGAGUUCGUCUCGGCUGACACCUUCGUUACCGCUUCUCAUACUUCUGUCGAAAGAGAAGAGAGCCGUGAACACCAGACUACAUUUGAGACCUGGGGUACUCCGGAGAUCCGUGACAAGCCCGCUGCUCGCGUCAGACGGGUUUUCAUCAGGGGCUUGCCCUCCACCUGGAAGACUCCUGCAAAGGUCCUAUGCUUUAUUCACGGCGGUACUAUCGAGAGCAUUUCUGUGACUCCUUCUGGCACUGCUCAAGUUCUGUUCUGUGAACACGAAGCGUGCAAAGCUUUCUACGAUAAGUAUCCCAACGGCAUCGAUCUUGAUAAAGAAAAGAAGAUCACUGUCUUUGUGGAAAUGGGAAAAGAGGUCGACGUUGUCAGCUCUCAGCUGUCUUUCAGCCUGUCCACAGGCGCAACUCGUGUUGUCCGUGCUGUUGGUGUUGACCUUGAUGUUACCAUGCGCCAGCUCUCUGAAUUGGCUACCGGCAACCAUCGAAAGGUUGAAAAGAUCCUGGACAGCUACGUUCCCGGCGAGGCACGCAACGUCAUAUUCCGUUUCUGUAGCAUCGAUGAUGCAGUUCGCUUCCGUGCCGUGCUUGUCCGUAACGAGUCCUGGGAACAGUGCAACAUUCAGUAUGCUGCUGAUCCAUGCGAACUUGCUACCGGCUAUCACACCAACUGA